GAAAGACGAUAAAGAUGGCGGGAAACGUGAUGACACUUCUAUCAUUUAUGAUCGGAAUAUAUUCCUUUCUCGUCUUAUGUCAGGUUCAAAACAGCAACGCGUACCCAACGGGAGUUGUUACAUCGGCCUGUGGUGAUAUGACACCGAAUCAUGGACCCAGUUCUCAGACGUCGGUCAGUCCCUACACCAUCUCCGUGAGUCCUGCAUUCUACCAACCAGGAGAGCAGAUGACUGUCACAAUUUCGAGUAACGCCGGCUCCCCAGCUUUGAAGGGUAUUCUGUUGCAAGCUCGUCUCACUGGCACCGAUCAAAUCAUCGGUGUAUGGUCGUUAGAGGGCACCACGGGUUUUCAAACGCUGGCGUGUAACGGUGUUAAUUCGGCUGUAACGCAUACUAGUAGUGAUGACAAACCGGCUACUUUUCAAUUGAACUGGACACCUCCUAAUGUCAACGGAACUGAUAUCUAUGUGACGGCAACAUUUGUCCAGACAAGGCCAGUCUUUUGGGUUGCAGAGAGGACAAGCGAUAUUCAAGACGCAUGCAACACGAACGGUGGCAAUCUAUGUGGUGCUAAUGGCAACUGUGAGAGUCUUGUAGGAGGUGGUAUCAAUUGCAUCUGCGAGGAAGGAUACACCGGAAUCCUAUGCACAACGGGUCCUUGCGAUUCGGGUCCGUGCGACAAUGGAGGAACCUGUACUUACUCUGCUGGUGAUACAACCUUCACAUGCUCCUGUUCUUUCCCUUUUGGAGGAGCCACAUGUCAGACAGGCAGACUUCGUCCGUGGUGCAAGCGUGCACCAAUAGAACAACAACGGGAACAACCCAAGGAACAACACCAGGGACAACCCCUCGAACCACUCCACGAACAACUCCAGAUCUACGUCUAUGAGCAUGUUCUUGUGACUAGACAAAUUGUGUUGUAG